UGUAUGUAAACUUUCGUGGAAAGCGGAGAACCAGAAAAAUUCAAAAGAAAUAUUUUAAAAACUUCAAUUUUUAAUGUCCAGAGUUAACAGCAAAACUAUAAAGUUUUCCCACACGAUCGAUGACAACGAUAAAAAUUGACGCUACGCACACUAGAACGCAGUACUCCGUUCAAAUAUGACAGCUGAUGGGAAAUAGAAAAAUCGAAGUGCCGUUAAAUGUCAAGGACACGGGAAACCGAAUAAAGAGCCACAACAAAAGGGGAAAAGUUACAAAAUACCGAAAUUAGCAAGAAAUUGGGAGGCUCUCAGCAAAUAUCAAAAGGAUUUUAAAAGUAAAGCUCAAUAGUAUCCGUAAAGAUGUCAAAUCCGGUGCACGGAAGACCGCCAAAUAAUACCGGCUCGGCCGGAUCCUCCUCCCAGUCCUCUCCCUCCGCAGCGUCGCCGGUUUCGGUGAACAUGCAGCAGCCGGCUGGGAACAGCACCUUGUCGGGAAGUGGCACCCUGAAGGAUAAGGUGGGGCUGCCACCGGUUUACCUUAACCUUAACGAGCAUGCUGGAAAGGAUUCGCCGUCACCCCAAGCGUCCUACUCGCCCCUACAGCACUGGGACGAUACCCGCACCGCCGACGUCUGGCUAUCGUCCCUGCACAGCGUCAUCUUUAUCAUUACCUGCGCCCUGGCAGCUUUUAUUCUGUUCCGGAACGUGCUCACCUGGCAUUUGCAGAGCUUUUGGGGCGCCUCCGGAGAUUUCUGGCAGUCGCAAUGGGACAAAUUCAUCGACUCGUUCGGCGAUGAGCCCAUGGUGCUAUGGGUGUUUGGCACCACCAUUUUCACCAUGAUCGUCUACUGGACAGUGGGCACACUGUACACAUUCAUGGACCUGACCAAUCGACCCGCCUGUCUGCGGAAAUACAAAAUCCAGCCGGGCACCAAUGAGCCGGUGGAAGUUCGUCGGCUCCUAAAGGUUAUCUGGUGCGUGGUUUGCAACCAGAUCUUUGUAGGGAUACCUUUGGCCUAUGCCAGCUAUCGUCUGAUGGAGAUCCGUGGACUCAGCGAUAUCCGGGAUCUGCCCACUUUCCAUUGGGUCUGCUUCGAGCUGACCGUAUGCAUCCUGAUGGAGGAGCUGGGCUUUUACUAUUCGCACCGUCUGCUCCACCACAAGCACAUUUACAAAUAUAUCCACAAGCAGCAUCACGAGUGGACGGCCCCUAUAUCGGUGACGGCCAUCUAUUGCCAUCCCAUAGAGCACAUCUUUAGCAAUCUGUUGCCACCAUUCCUGGGCGUCUUUCUGAUGGGCAGCCAUGUGGCCACCGCUUGGCUAUGGUUUGCUCUUGCCAUACUCUCCACCCUCAAUGCCCAUUCCGGCUACCAUUUGCCGUUCUUUCCGAGUCCCGAGGCGCAUGACUUUCAUCAUCUAAAAUUCAACAACUGUUUUGGAGUGCUGGGCGUCCUAGAUCGUCUGCAUGGCACCGAUUCUCUGUUUCGGGCCACCAAAUCCUAUGCUCGACACAUCAUGAUGUUGAGUUUCAAGCCGCCGCGCGAUGCUUUCCCAGAUUCAACUAUGAAGUGAAAAAGCUACUUGACGUAGUUCACUAUCUCUCUCUCUACUUCUUAUUCUAUCUCUCUCUAUCUGUGUAUACAAAAAUUUUAAUUGUGAUAAAACAGGGCGCGAGGAUCCUAUUUUGUACACCUCACACACCCACACCCAAACCCAUAAACACAUGCCUCAUGUAUUCCUUGUGCGAAUCCCACAAAACAAAAUGUUAAACAAAAUGAAUAAAGCAUAAAUGUAAAUUGUA